AUGGCCGAUGCAGAGGGAGACGGUGGAGAGACCGUGAAUCGGUUCGCUCGCCAGGGAGCCCUGCGGCAGAAGAAUGUGUGUGAGGUGAAGGAUCACAAGUUCACCGCCCGCUUCUUCAAACAGCCGACCUUCUGCAGCCACUGCACCGAUUUCAUUUGGGGUUUCGGGAAACAAGGAUUCCAGUGUCAAGUUUGCUGUUUUGUGGUUCACAAGAGGUGUCACGAGUUUGUUACCUUCUCCUGCCCUGGAGCAGAUAAAGGACCAGAUACUGAUGACCCAAGGAGCAAACACAAAUUUAAAAUCCACACGUAUGGCAGCCCAACGUUCUGUGACCAUUGUGGCUCACUGCUCUAUGGCCUCAUUCACCAAGGGAUGAAAUGUGACACCUGUGACCUAAAUGUGCACAAGAAAUGUGUUAUAAACGUGCCCAGCAUGUGUGGAACCGACCACACGGAGAGAAGGGGGCGAAUAUUCCUGAAAGUGGAGGUCGACAGUGACAACUUGCUCCAUGUUACAGUGCGAGACGCAAAAAAUCUAAUCCCCAUGGAUCCCAACGGUCUUUCAGAUCCCUACGUAAAACUCAAACUCAUCCCUGACCCUAAAAGUGAAAGCAAACAGAAAACAAAAACCAUGCGCUCGACACUGAACCCCACCUGGAACGAAACCUUCACAUUUAAACUGAAAAGUAGUGACAAGGAUCGGAGACUGUCGGUGGAGAUCUGGGACUGGGAUCGGACCACAAGGAACGAUUUCAUGGGGGCUUUGUCCUUCGGUGUAUCCGAGCUGAUGAAAUCCUCCGCAGUUGGUUGGUAA